AUUAAAAAAAACAAUGCAUUAAUUAGUUUGGUAGUAUUGAUAAGAUUUUUGCCUGGCUCUGGCUAUUAGUAUCUGGUCAAGGAUAUUGACAGCUAUGGUAGACUUAGAAGUUAGAGCCAAAAUGCAGGAAACCAAUCAUCCAGAGUUCUCUAACGUUUCAGAUCAAAGCAUACCAACUUUUCCUCCCGUUUCAGCUGAUCAGAAAGGCAUUCCCCGUUUAGGCUUGGGAACAGCGUCCGAGGGCCCUCUUGGUGCCUCCGUCGAAAUCGUGAAAGAAGCCAUUCUCCAAGCAAUCAAACAUGGCUACCGUCACUUUGAUACGGCUCCUAUUUACCAAACCGAGAAGCUUUUAGGCGAAGCAAUAUCAGAUGCUCUUCGACUAGGGUUAAUCAAAUCCCGAGAUGAACUGUUUAUCACUUCCAAGCUAUGGUGCAGCGAUGCGCACCAUGACCGUGUCCUCCCAGCACUCCAAAAAACACUCAAUAAUCUGAAGCUGGAGUACCUUGAUUUGUAUCUUAUUCACUGGCCUGUGAGCGUGAGGUCAGGUGAUCAAUAUGAGUUGCCUAUUAAGAAGGAAGACAUUGUUCCUAUAGAUCCAAAAUCUGUAUGGGAAGCAAUGGAGCAGUGUGAAGAGCUUGGCCUAACAAAAUCGAUAGGAGUAAGCAACUUUUCAUGCAAGAAACUCCAAACUAUCCUUUCCACCGCCAAAAUCCCACCUGUGGUGAACCAAGUGGAGAUGAACCCAAUGUGGCAGCAAAAGAAACUGAGAAAGUUCUGCGAGGAGAAGGGAAUACGUAUCAUGGCUUACUCUCCUUUGGGGGCAGCAAAUCGGGUCAUGGAAUGUGAGCUACUCAAAGAAAUUGCCCAAGCCAAGGGAAAAUCAAUUGCUCAGGUUUGUUUGAGAUGGGCAUACGAAGAAGGAGUAUGUGUACUUGUAAAGAGCUUCAAUAAGGAAAGGAUGAAAGAGAACCUUGAUAUUUUUAAUUGGAAGCUGAGCCGUGAGGAGUCACACAAAAUAAGCCUACUUCCACAGCGCAAAGGAUUUACAGGUGAGGGAUUUAUCUCAGAUGAUGGUCCUUACAAGUCUCUUGAACAGCUUUGGGAUGGAGAGAUUUGAUUAUCUUGGAUUGGAAAUAAACGAAUUGGAUAUUUAGUUCCUAGUUGGUUAGUAUCCAAUAUGAAGAAUGAGAAUUAUUAUUCUUAGGAAACUUCACAGUUAUCCAAGUUCUUGAGGCAACUUAUCAGGUUUACAAUUUACAAAACUUGGAAAUUAUGGAAUCUGUUGGUAUCAAUAAAUGGAUUUUUAUGCAACUUGAGUUGUCUCUAGAGUCGAAUAUAUUCUAUAAUCUUUGUUUGACAGACCACUUGUUGAGUAUAAUAUCUCGAGAGUGAAAUUUAUCCUACUCAUUUUUUUAUAUUCAAGGUUGUCAAGAUUUGGAUUUUGAUUACUGAACUCCAGAGUUCACUAUAACACCAAAUUACGCAACUGUUAGCCUACUCAUUUUGCUACUAAACCUAGUAUUUUCAAAUUAGUG